UCGACAGUGGCGAGUCACUCGUUUGUAAUCUUGCUUUAUUGACAUAUCAUUAUACGUUAUUAUACUACUAAAAGUAUUGGAUAGAUAUAUAACUCGACUUAAUGGAUUUAGGAUAUAUACUUUUCGAUAUACUGUCGAAUGCAUCUCCUCUGGAAAGUGAAAGUAUUCGGAGUCCCCCAUGGCAGGUCAGGAGGUCGCGCCACGCAUGGACACGCACGCCCUCCUCGCCUUGCUUCUCGCCGUCCUGGGCCGCGACGCCUUCGGAAGGUCACCCGAAGGAGCGCUGGGUCGAGAGAACAUUCGGGAAGAGGCGAAAGGAGUUGGAGAAUUGACAUCUCCGGUCAGUGUUUUAACCCCAUGGGAGCUCAGGUCACUCUCGCCGGAGCGGAAGAAGAGGUCACUGGGAAGACAAGACCGGAAUUAUGGUGGGCAGUAUUCUGUUGACAAUAUCGCUCUGUAAAUGACGAUAGCAAUAGAAAUGACGAUAGCAUUAGCAGUUAUCCCAAGAGUGAUAAUAAUAGAUCAGCAAAUAAUAAACGAAAAACAGACAAAAUUCAGAAAACAGUCUAAGUCGAAAGUAGACGAACAGAUGUUCCAAUGCAGAUCUACUUCCUCAAAAUCUAUAAAUCAAAUGCAAUAAAACAGCAUAGAAAUACCCUUUGUUUUCUCUUAUAAGUGAUUGUUUAUUAUUAGUUUGACAUCUCGGUCAUGUAAAAAACAGAAUUCAGUAGUUCGUAUUUUCAACAACGUCCGUAUUUCACAAACGAAAAGUCUUAUGACUCAUGCUCAAGUCACUGAGGUCACUUGAGAUGUUUAUAUCUGUAA